CGCUGGGCUCCGCCGGGCCGCGGCGUCCGCUUCGCUCCGCGCCGGGACCGCGCCGGGACCGCUCCGCCUGGGCUGCCUCGGGCCCCCGGGCUCGGCGGAGACAUGUCGCCCGCGAUAGCGGCUAAGGAAGGCGGGCGGCAGCGCCGGCCCGGGAGCCACCACAACUGGCUGGACGUGAGGAGCGAGGAGCCGCCCUCCCUGGCCCUCUGCGGGGACGGGCUGCCGGGCGACGAGGCCGAGGAGCUGCUGCAGCCGCCGGAGACGGGUGUGGGGCGGGCGAAGGGGUUCCGUGCGGAACUGGGCAGCAUCCUGCUGCUGCUGGUGCUCUACGUGCUGCAGGGCAUUCCGCUGGGGCUGGCGGGCAGCGUGCCCCUGAUCCUGCAGAGCAAGAACGUCAGCUACACCGACCAGGCCUUCUUCAGCUUCGUCUUCUGGCCCUUCAGCCUCAAGCUGCUCUGGGCACCCCUGGUGGACGCCGUCUACUUGCGGGGCUUCGGCCGCCGCAAGUCCUGGCUGGUGCCCACGCAGUACGUGCUGGGGCUCUUCAUGAUCUACAUGUCCACCCAGGUGGACGGGCUGCUGGGCGACGGGGAGGGCCGCGGCCCCGACGUGGUGGCCCUCACGGUGACUUUCUUCCUCUUCGAGUUCCUGGCGGCGACGCAGGACAUCGCGGUGGACGGCUGGGCCCUGACCAUGUUGUCCCGGGAGAACGUGGGCUACGCCUCCACCUGCAACUCCGUGGGCCAAACGGCAGGAUACUUCCUGGGCAAUGUCCUCUUCCUGGCCCUCGAGUCGGCCUCCUUCUGCAACAAGUACCUGCGGUUCCAGCCCCAGCCCCGGGGCAUUGUCACCCUCUCAGAUUUCCUCUUCUUCUGGGGAGCUGUCUUUUUAAUCACCACUACACUGGUUGCCCUUCUGAAGAAGGAGAGCAAGGAACUAACAGCAACAAAAGAGGAGACAAAAGGCAUCACUGAUACCUACAGGCUGCUCUUCUCCAUCAUCAAGAUGCCAGCAGUGCUCACCUUCUGCCUCUUGAUCCUGACAUCAAAGGUUGGAUUUUCAGCAGCAGAUGCUGUCACAGGACUCAAGCUGGUGGAAGAGGGAGUCCCAAAAGAGCAUUUAGCUCUGCUGGCAGUUCCAAUGGUUCCUCUGCAGAUAAUAUUGCCUCUGAUUAUCAGCAAAUACACUGCAGGCCCCCAGCCACUGAACACCUUCUACAAAGCUAUGCCUUUCAGGUUGCUGUUUGGGUUGGAGUUUGCCUUUUUGGUCUGGUGGACCCCUACAGUCAGGCACGAAGGAGGAUUUCCUGUCUACUACUACGCCGUAGUAGUGUUGAGUUAUGCCUUGCAUCAGGUCACUCUCUACAGCAUGUAUGUUGCCAUCAUGGCUUUCAACGCCAAGGUCAGCGACCCCCUGAUCGGAGGCACCUACAUGACCCUGCUCAACACCGUGUCCAACCUGGGAGGGAAUUGGCCUUCCACUGUGGCACUCUGGCUGGUGGACCCACUCACAGUCAAAGAGUGUGCAGGGGCUCAGGAUCAGACCUGUGCAACUACAGCUGCUGCAGAACUCUGCACCAAGGCUGGGGGUUCCUGCAUCACCACCCUGGAUGGUUACUACGUGGAGUCCAUCAUCUGUGUCGUUCUGGGCUUUGCUUGGUGGUUCUUGCUUGGGCCAAAGUUUAAAAGGCUGCAGGAGGAAGGACAAUCUUCCUGGAAGUGCAAGAGGACCAAUUGAGGCAGCUGAAAUGUUGGAUGGACCAGCCAAGGUUGUUUUGGUUUUAUUACAAAGGCAUCUCCAUCCCACCCCUGCUAAUCAAUAAAGAGGAAUAGAGGUAGUGGGAAAUGCCAGCUGGUGCUGAGCUGGAGGUACCUGUGUCUGUGGCACCACCUGGCCUCCCACUGUCAGUUCAGAAAGCAGUGGUUCCAAACUGGCCCCUGUCUGCUCCAUCCACAUCCCUGAGCUCUGGCUUCAGAGGCCCCUGGUAGAGCCAAGGGCUGAGUUUCCAUAGGGUUGCCUAUGGAAGAGCUAAUUGUGCCACAUCCAUCUCAGCAGCACCACUGUCAGCUACCUGCCAGCCCUUUCUUGCUUCAGGUGAAACGAUCUGACAGGGGGAGUUGGGAAGGUUGCCAGAGGCAUUUGGCCUUGUAGGUUAAAGCUGUUGUCCUCUGGAAUUCCUGCUGAGAAGAGACCCCUAAAAAAAGGCCUCUUUGGGCUUUGUUUCUUCUCCCUCUCUGAACUCUUCACCACACUUCCAAGGAUGAAACCUUGCAGAUGAUUUCUUUUAAAUGUAUUUUCUGGCUUUUUAUAAGCUUUACACAAAAGAUUUCUAAGAAGAUAUUUUUAUAAACAAA